AGUGUACUGGCCGCCACCACUCGUCCCCUCCCCUCGAAAGCCCGCACGAGCCCUCCCCCUUCCUCCUCCAAUCUGUUUCCGAUCCGACCCGAGCCGGCCGGCCAUGGCGAUUAGGGCUGGCGGCUCCGCCCUCCUCGCCCUCGCCGUCCUCCUCGCCGCCUCCUCCUGCCUCCAAGCUCGAGUGGAUCAACUUCAUCAUGGAAGACAGGUAUCCGACUGGAGUAGGAAACACAACUUUGAACUGCAAAAUUUCUCCUCAAGUCAAAUGGACGACCUUCAUCUCCUGGGAAGGCCAGAAGAAAUAACACGCAGGAAAUUAAGGGAUAGAAGAACUGGUGUGAGGAAGAAAAUGGAAGUAGUGCAGCAGGAUGAUGAAGCCCUAGUGAAACUUGAGAACACGGGUAUCGAACGCUCGAAAGCUGUUGAUUCUGCUGUUCUGGGAAAAUAUAGCAUAUGGAGACGUGAAAAUGAAAAUGAGAAGGCAGACUCAAGGGUUCGUCAGAUGCGAGAUCAAAUGAUCAUGGCCAGAAUAUAUUCUGUUCUUGCCAAAUCCAGGGACAAGCUUGAUCUUUAUCAGGAAUUACUCGCAAGGCUCAAGGAAAGCCAGCGCUCCCUUGGGGAAGCUACUGCUGACGCUGAACUUCCUAAGAGUGCUUCGGAGAGAAUCAAAGCAAUGAGUCAAGUUUUGUCAAAAGCAAGGGAUUUAUUGUACGAUUGCAAGGCUAUUACCCAUCGUUUAAGAGCGAUGCUUCUGUCAGCUGAUGAACAGGUCCGGAGCUUAAAGAAGCAGAGCACCUUCCUUAGCCAGUUGGCAGCUAAGACAAUCCCAAAUGGCAUCCAUUGUCUUUCCAUGCGCUUAACAAUAGACUAUUACCUUCUCUCUCCAGAGAAAAGAAAGUUCCCUAACAGCGAAAACUUGGAAAAUCCAGAUCUUUAUCAUUAUGCUCUUUUCUCAGACAAUGUUUUGGCAGCAUCAGUUGUGGUCAACUCAACCAUCAUGAAUGCGAAGGAGCCUGAAAAACAUGUAUUUCAUCUUGUUACUGACAAACUGAACUUUGGGGCUAUGAACAUGUGGUUUUUGCUGAAUCCACCUGGGGAUGCAACAAUCCAUGUUGAAAAUGUCGAUGACUUUAAAUGGCUAAAUUCCUCUUACUGUCCUGUUCUGAAGCAGCUUGAGUCUGCGGCUAUGAAAGAGUACUAUUUCAAGGCUGAUCGUCCGAAAACACUCUCUGCUGGUUCCUCUAAUCUGAAGUAUCGAAACCCAAAAUAUCUUUCCAUGCUCAACCAUCUAAGAUUUUACCUCCCUCAAGUCUAUCCCAAGUUGAAUAAAAUCCUUUUCCUAGAUGAUGACAUAGUUGUCCAGAGGGACCUGACUGGACUCUGGGAGGUCGAUCUUAAUGGAAAUGUUAAUGGGGCGGUGGAAACAUGUGGAGAGAGCUUUCACCGAUUUGACAAGUACCUCAACUUCUCAAAUCCAAAUAUUUCUCAGAAUUUCGAUCCUAAUGCUUGCGGUUGGGCUUAUGGAAUGAACAUGUUUGAUCUGGAAGAAUGGAAGAGGAAAGAUAUUACUGGAAUUUACCACAAAUGGCAGAACAUGAAUGAAAACAGGCUGCUCUGGAAAUUGGGGACACUGCCACCAGGUCUUCUAACUUUCUACAAGCUGACACACCCUCUGGACAAAUCAUGGCAUGUGCUUGGCCUAGGAUACAACCCAACCAUUGAACGCUCAGAAAUAGACAAUGCCGCGGUCAUCCACUACAAUGGGAACAUGAAGCCUUGGCUGGAGAUCGCAAUGACAAAGUACCGACCUUACUGGACAAAGUACAUCAAUUAUGAGCAUCCCUAUAUUCAUGGAUGCAAGAUCAGCCAAUAGACACCAGCUAAAGUAAAGUAUUCUUCUGUGAUGAACAUUGGAUUUAGAUGGGGCUACAAAUGAAGUCCCCUGUUAGUAGUAUAACUCUACAAUAUGUUCUUUAUUCGUGUUAUUAGGAUUGUUAGGUAUCCUGUGUAUGUAGUUCCGUCACCCAUUUGUGGUGCCUUCUCCCCUAGGCCAUUAUUGGUUCUUGUUUAAAUUCCUUCACUUUUCGUCAUGAAAAGAAGAAAAAUGAGCUUUGUGCAUCAGCAGAUAAAUGCAAUCUGUCUGAAUUUGAGUGGUUAUGAUUUCAUUUGAACUGUAGUAUCAAGUGUUCCUUUCAACAUUCAUGGCAGCAUUCUAUUGCCACAAGGUGUUAAAUAUGC